CCAUUUCCUCUCCCUUCUGGUAAAAGCGAAGGACCCAGGCACGUAUUUUCGGAGGUCAGUAACCAGCGAGUCCCGAGUGAGAGGGAAGAUCCCCAAAGUCCCGUUGGUUAACUCGAUGGAGAAUGUUGAACCUUCUCGGUUCCAGCAGCAGCGCCUAGCAAAGCAGCCACAAACCAAACAGCAACAGCACAAGAGUGAGCUAAACUGCUGGAACGAACAAGACGAAGAAGAAAGAGGAGAAAAGAGAGAAAGAGAAAGAGAGAAGCCAUUGCUAUCGCCCAUACCCCAUGAUACAACCGCCUCUGCCUACCUUGGCAUCGCCUCUGCCUAUACCUGCUGCUGCUGCUGCUGUUGCUCUUGCUGCUCGUGUGCCCCUGCCUAUAGGUAUACUCGUCUUUCGAACAUCAGUUCCAACCACGCGGCCGUACGAAAACAACCGUUCCAUUAAAGAACCACCAUUUUCAUCACUUACCUCCAAAAUUCAUAAAUUAUCCACAAAUAUCAACAAAUAUUCAUAAAUUUCAACAAAUAUUCAUAAAUAUUCACAAAUAUUCAUAAAUAUUCACAAAUAUCAACAAAUAUUCACAAACAUCAACAAAUAUUAAUGAAUAUUCACAAAUAUCAACAAAUAUUCACAACUUGAUAAAAAUAGUAAAGAUGUUUGAGGUUCUUCAACAAAUAUUUAUUAAACAUACUCAACAUUUCUCCAAAUGUUGAUACCUUCCUUUACCUUAUUAUUACUCUCAACCCACCCAUCAUCGAAUGUGAUUAGGAUUAUCAAAAAUCAGUGUUCCGAAAAAACAACUGUCUAAAAGAAGACACUUGUUGUUUAUCUUCUUCAAAGUGUUUCCAAAACAAAAAUUAUAAUACACAACUGUGUUCUCCAAGUGCUCCUAAAAUAAACAACUCUUGUGAAAAACCUUCCGAAUUGAAGAAAAGUGAUUUUUUUUUUUUUCUUUGGUGAAAAAUAACUCUGGAUUAUUUUUUUUUGUGUUUUUCAUCACGAGAUUAUUGUUAAGUUUCCACGGAUGAAAACCUGUUGGAUAUACUUGGAUACUCACGAGCCGGAUGUUGCAGUUGUUGAACCAGUGAUGCUAAGUGGAAACAAAACCUCCAGCAGGAUUUGCUUUUCCUAAAAAAAAAAUCAAGACAAGAAGAUGAUGAUGAGCUUUUGAUAUUUUUUUUCAAAAUCCACUAUCGGAAGACAUUGAAAGUUGAAGAAUGGAGGCUAGCGAAUGGGAUCAUGCGACCCUUCGGGAGGAGGAAUUCGAGCAACAUGCCGUUUAUCUUGUACCCGAUGUUGCAGGAUCACCAACCGAUUCAAAUCGAGCCGAAGCAUCAUUGCCAAGAAAUUUGGUGCUCAAAUCAUCGCAAGCUCCUAAUGCGGUGGGAGUUUGGAGUACGAGUUACAUUCCCAAGGGGACCCGAUUCGGACCGUUGAUCGGUCAAAAAUACACCAAGGAUUCGGUGCCAGCUGAUGCGAAUCGAAAAUAUUUCUGGAGGAUAUACAAGAACAACGAAUUGUUCUAUUACAUCGACGGUUUUGAUGUUCAAAAAUCAAAUUGGAUGAGAUACGUGAACCCGGCGUAUUCAUCGGAAUCGCAAAAUUUAAUUGCAUGCCAGUAUCAAAUGAAUAUCUAUUUUUACACAAUCAAACCAAUAUUACCAAAUCAGGAAUUGUUGGUCUGGUAUUGUCGGGAAUUCGCCGAGAGGCUAAAUUAUCCGGACAAUGGCGAACAGAUGCUUCAACGAAUAAGGCAACAGGUUCAACAGUCGACGGAAAUUCCCCCAACGGUGGAGAUCGUGUCACCCCUCAAGGAUUCGACGAUAUACGAAAGGCGUUCGCAAAUGACCCCCACCGAUGGUUCCGUAAGGUCGGACGAAGGUUACCACUCGAAUGGCUAUCACGACGAAAUUCUAACACCACCCGAAGAGAGCAGUGAAUCAGACUCGGAGAAUUAUGUCCUCGAUUUUUCGAAAAACGCCAAAGAGCGUAAUUCUGCAGGAACCGAAAUUCUUAAGCAUGAUUCGACCACCGUCAAGAACGAAUAUCGAAAAGUGAAGAUUAAGAUCAGUAAGACUUACAAUAACUUUCAAUCGACGAAGAAUCUUGAUCAGGUGAAGGAGAAGGAUGAACUGUCGAGUAGAGCAGCCUCGCCUGAAUUGCAAAUUCAAAAACCCCUCUCGCCCAUAAACCAAAAAUCGAACCUAUCUGACGACGAAUUAAUUGAGAAGAGUUCCAAACCGUUCUACGAGGCCGAACCAAAAUUAAACCAACUAUCCGGACGAACUUAUAUCACAACCUCGAGUUCAAUUCUCGAGAAUAUUCUCCUAAGGAACAACACCACGGACAGCAACAACAAUACAAGUAACAAUCAGCAACACCAUCUAGUUGAUUCCGUCACCCCACCGCCGUCGAGUCCCACCGAAAUGGCCUACUCCUACAAAAAGUCCCAUCGCUACGGCAACAUUCUCCCCUGCAGUCCCGACUCAAGUUCGAAUCUUCCGAUGCAAACGGAAAAUUGUUCGCCAAGUAGUGGCAUUCUUCCGAGUCCAACAAUUCACUCCACCGGGAAUUUACACUCGAGCACCGGGAACCUACAUUCUAACAUCCCGCACUCGAGUAAUGGCAGUCUUCAUAACAACGGAAGUAGUCUCCACUCCCGGGACCUUAUAAACCAUUCAAGUGUUCUUCAUUCGACAGCCAGCAGUCCCGGCAUACAUUCAAGCACAACUCUCUCCAGUUCCAUCAUAACAUCAGCGAAUUCGACCGCACUACCAAAACGAAGGAGUAAAAGUCCCUCACCCACAACCACCAGCGCAAUCCACUACUCAAACUCAACAUCCGGACAAAUUGAAUCAACAGUUUAUCUAAACUCAAAUCCAAGUGUCUCGCCAAUCUCACCGAUUCAAUCCCCAUCGUCCUACUCCUACGGACUCUAUCAUCAAAACUCCCUGCAUCAUAAUGUCACACCUCUGUCAAUAAAUUGCAGUCCUUAUUCACCGACACCAACGACAAGUGUCUAUGAAUCUCGCGAGAGGCGACUCGAUAACAAUCAUCAACUGCCAACAUCAUCGACAAUGCAGAUUGACAGUAAUCAACUAAUUGCGGGCACUCAUAAUCUGCACCUGGGUCAUCAUCCGGGUUUGACGAUUCAUGGUAAUCAGGGGCUCAAUAGAUAUUCACCGGCGGGCAGUCUCUCGCCCGACGAUCAUGCCUGCUCGCAAAGUGGAUCGUUGAGUCCAAAUUCACAGGGUUCGAGGGGCUAUCGAUCAUUGCCCUAUCCACUCAAGAAGAAGGAUGGUAAAAUGCAUUACGAGUGUAAUGUGUGUUGUAAAACAUUUGGACAACUCUCAAAUCUUAAGGUUCAUCUUCGCACGCAUUCGGGGGAACGACCAUUUAAAUGUAAUGUUUGCACAAAAAGUUUUACGCAGCUGGCUCAUCUGCAGAAACAUCAUUUGGUACAUACAGGAGAGAAACCGCAUCAAUGUGAAAUUUGUAAAAAGAGGUUUAGCUCAACGUCGAAUUUAAAGACACACUUGAGACUGCACUCGGGCCAGAAGCCCUACGCUUGUGAUUUGUGUUCGGCGAAAUUCACCCAAUUUGUUCAUUUGAAACUUCACAAAAGACUUCACACGAACGAGAGGCCCUACACAUGUCAAGGUUGUGACAAGAAAUAUAUCAGCGCAAGUGGACUUCGAACGCAUUGGAAAACAACGAGUUGUCGACCAAACAACAUUGAGGAUGAACUUGCGCUAGCAGCAGCUGUUGGUUCUCCCACUUAUUAUGAAUACGCUCCAGAGAUAAGUGUCGGUGCAAUUCCAAAGGAAUGUGAAUUGGAACACAUUGAAAGUUACGAAAGGCGCAAUGGAAAUCAUGGACCACACUCAACGUCACUUCACAAUUUGGAAAAUUCCGUAGGACGUCCAAGUGUCAUUGAAACGUCCCAACCGCACAUUAUCGAAUGCACUUAAAAUCUGGAACACACAUAACCAAAAAAACAAAUAAAACAAAAAAUUAAAAAAUGGAAUUCAACUCGAAAUACAAAUCGCAAUUAUAAGUGCUUCCAAAAAAAUGGUGAGAAUGAAACUCACAAAAAUUACAAAAACACACUUUGAAUGCGAUUUAUUUUCUCAUUUGGUUGUAAAAGAAAAAAAAAAUGUUUUCCAAAAAACAAUAUUCGUUCGAAAAUGAUUGUGUUCCAGUCAAGAAAAAAAAAUGAAGACUGUGUACCAAAAACAAAAAGACUGAAUUGUUCUUCAGUUGUUAUCCCUACCAGGAAGGAAAGAGAAUUCAAGAUGAAGGAAGAAAAUUAAUAUAUCCUCAUUUCUUCCAGAAAAAAAGGGAGUGUGAAACACAGCUUUAUGGACAUGUGAGAAAAGCUUUACUAGGAGUGUGAAAUAAAUAUAGUAGGAGUGUGAAAAGGGCUUUAAUAAAUAAAAAAGUGUGAUUAAGGCUUUACGAAGUGAAGAAUGAAAAGUAAAAACCGCGGCUUUAUGAAUUAAAGCCUCUCAAAUUUUGGCGGAUUUAGUCGGCACCCGCCAAAAAAAAAAUUCAUUUUUUGGGCAUGCCCAAAAAAAAAAAAAAAGAAAUCAGUGACGACACGACUGCAACUAUACGAGACCUGUACCUGUACAUACUAACAUUAUAAAAUAAACUCUACAAAUUAAGGUACACAACAUCGCAUAAAAAAAUAUUAAUAUAACUUGAAUAUAUAUGUAUAUACAAGCACUAAUUUAUAUUAUAUAUAUUAUAUCUCGUCGAGAAUGGACGAGCGGAAGGCUGCGCGCACAGGCGUUGUUAAUUUUGAAACGCGACUUUGUACAUAAGAAAAUAUAUAAUAAUAAUUUAUUACAUUGAUGAAAAUAGUCUUUUAAAGUCUAUUUCCAAUACGAAAAGUUAGAAACUUUUAAGAAAAGAAAAAAAAUAUAUAUUACAACGAUAGCGAGAAAGAUUUAUUCCAUAAGUUUUCAAAGAGCGAAAAAUUUAAUUUUUAUGAAAUAAAUCUUUUUGGCAUUAAUAAUAAUAUUUCGCCAAUGUCGCUUGCACAAUUUUCCUUGAUAGAUAUAAUAAUAUACAAAUAUGUGACGCUCUACAAAAAAAGGUUUUCUUAGAUUUUAGCUACUAAAAGAUACUAUUUCUGUUUUUUUUUUAGAAUUUCCACUACUUUAAAUUUGCU